GGGCUCCCCCUCUCGGUGAUUUUCUAGUCCUCGUCCUCCACCCGCUCCGCUCUUCUCCUAUCCACGAGCGAACCGGCAGCGCAGGCGCAGGGAGAGGGGAGCCGAGGCCGAGCACGGAGCACAAGCAGGAUGCCGACGCUGAUCCUGAGCACCAACGUGCCAGUGGACGCCGUCGUCGCUGCCGACAUCCUCAAGGACUGCUCCAAGGCAGUCGCCAGGAUCAUCGGCAAGCCCGAAUCCUACGUCAUGGUGUCGAUAAACGGCUCGGUGCCCAUGUCGUUCGCGGCGAGCGAAGAACCGACGGCGUACGGUGAGCUCGUCUCCAUUGGCGGGAUCGGCCCCGGCGUCAACGGGAAGCUGAGCGCGGCCGUGGCUGAGAUCCUCGAGACCAAGCUCCCGGUCAGCAGGUCCAGAUUCUACAUCAAAUUCGAUGAUGUGCAGAGAUUCAACUUUGGCUUCAAUGGAUCGACAUUCUAAAGAAAACUCCAUCAGAGAAUGAUGAUCGCUGCGUCCAAGCGAUCACCUCAACCUGCCCACACAUACCACCAUCAGUUCUUCAUCAAUAAAUGGGGAUGGUCAAGUGCUUCAUUUGUAUCUCCUAUACCUCCAAUGGAUAUUCCGCUCAUGUUUGAGACAGCACUAAAUUAUAUGCUUUAUUUCAACUGAAUGCAGCACAGCAUGCCACCAUGUACCUCAUUCCUCAUUUCAUGAUACUUUGUUCUUCAGUAGAAUCGAUGAACUCUUUCUAGCAUUUGAGCUUCAAACUAACUUUGCCUUAUCAAAGGAAAAAAAAAUGCUUCACCCAAACAUAAGGGACUUACUUUCACAGCAUACAUCACCACAGAGCCAAUCAAAAGGAGACAGGCAAAUAAUACCGAAAAUGUAAUUCUACCGCCCUAAAAAUGUGGAAAAAAAAACACACAAGAAAUUGUACUCAUGCACACCUCAGAAACCAAAAAGCUGGAACCAAGGCCUUCAGAUUUCCAUACAGCAGAUCAGAGUCUAAAAUUACAAAGUCUUAAAUACCGAGUUCCGCUUCACAUACAGGCAUACUCAUACAGCAAUGUAGUCCAUGUACUACAGAAACAAGAAAACUCCACACAUCUUAUUGAGCACGUAUUUACACAAGAGGUCACCUGACAGCAGUCUGAUACAUAUAGUCAUAACUUGAUAGGUGCUGUAAUUGCAGUAAGCUCAUACAAAAGGCUAACAUGUGACUAUCCUAAUAUAGCAUAUCUCUGCCACAUGUUCAUUGCUGCCUGUCACAUGCUCAUCCCUGUGACGACCUCGGGGUGGUAGUGGAUCAUCUCCUGCCACAUCAUUUCCCGAAUCAUGUCUACGCCAAGAUUUUCAUCAAUGUCAAGAUCGAUGGGCACCUGAGCAGGAGGGUUUGCGCUCGGAUCAUACAGUGGAGACAUGUAAGGGUGCUCCAGAGCCUCGGUGACACUAAUUCUUUUGGAGGGAUCAAAGACUAGCAUCUUCUGCAACAGAUCGAUGGCAAGAGGAUGUGCUUGCGGGUACAUGCUAGUCAGGGGAAUGCCUGGGGUGUAUGGAAGGGACUUGAUGUACUUGCGAGCUUUUGGGUUGUCAAUGAACUCAAGGUCAGCCUCACUCAUGGUGCCAAGAACAUUGACUAUGAGCUUAAGCUGAUUGAGGCACUCAGUUCCUGGAAAAAUUGGCUUGCGACCAAGUAGCUCUGCAAAUAUGCAUCCAACAGACCAGACAUCUAUUGAUGUUCCAUAGUUGUCACAGCAGAGCAGCAGCUCAGGUGCUCUGUACCAACGGGUGACGACAUAUUCUGUCAUAAAUUGACCCUUAGUGUUGUUGGUGCGGGCAAGUCCAAAAUCACAUAUCUUCAGAUCACAGUUUGCAUUAACUAGGAGGUUCCCUGGCUUCAGGUCUCUGUGGAGUAUCCCAGCUGAAUGAAGGUAUUUCAGGCCUCGGAGCAGCU